GACCCACGUGCUGGAUAAUUCCAGAAGAAGUCGGCGACUGCGGGUUGCUAGCAGUGUACUGUGCGGGGGAACUCAGCUAUACGAGAGGCAUCGGAGGCUUCUUCACUUUAUCGGUUCUUCGCUACAUUCCCGAAACAGCUCCAGCCCGCGCUUUUAGCUGAUUCAGCGCCGUUUCUUCGCUUACACCAGAGUAGCUUGUUUUUCAAGUUUAAACGCUGUCGCCAUGAUGAUGCUGAAUGUGGCCAGAAACGCGUCGAGGGCGCUCAGCUGCUCCCAGAAUGGUGCUGGAAGCGUCACGUCACUGGUAAAAAAGGCCUGCUGGAGUCCGUGGAGCUUUGAGUCCACUGGGGUCGUGGCCAGGCGUUGUUAUGCGUCCGAAGCAAUCAAAGGAUCAGUCAUCGGUAUUGAUCUUGGAACCACUAAUUCUUGUGUGGCUGUCAUGGAGGGUAAACAGGCAAAGGUCCUUGAAAAUGCGGAGGGUGCAAGGACGACGCCCUCCGUAGUGGCCUUUACCGCAGAGGGUGAGAGGUUGGUGGGAAUGCCAGCCAAGCGCCAGGCUGUCACCAACCCCAAAAACACGCUCUAUGCUACCAAGAGGCUCAUUGGACGCCGCUUUGACGACCCAGAAGUCCAGAAGGACAUGAAGAAUGUGCCCUACAAGAUUGUCCGUGCCUCGAAUGGUGAUGCUUGGCUCGAGGCUCAUGGUAAACUAUAUUCACCCAGCCAGAUUGGAGCCUUCGUGCUGAUGAAGAUGAAGGAGACGGCAGAGAGCUACUUGGGGCACUCGGUGAAGAACGCCGUGGUCACUGUGCCAGCAUACUUCAACGACUCCCAGAGACAGGCCACGAAAGAUGCCGGUCAGAUUUCCGGGCUCAACGUGCUGCGGGUGAUCAAUGAGCCCACCGCCGCUGCGCUAGCAUACGGCCUGGACAAGACCCAGGACAAAAUUAUUGCAGUAUACGACCUGGGAGGGGGCACCUUUGAUAUAUCCAUCCUGGAGAUCCAGAAGGGGGUCUUUGAGGUCAAGUCCACCAACGGAGACACCUUCCUGGGCGGGGAGGACUUCGACCAGCACCUUCUGCAGCACAUCGUGAAGGAGUUCAAGAGGGAGUCUGGUGUGGAUCUCACCAAAGACAACAUGGCACUUCAGAGGGUGAGGGAGGCAGCAGAGAAGGCCAAGUGUGAGCUCUCUUCCUCUUUGCAGACCGAUAUCAACCUGCCCUACCUGACCAUGGAUGCCUCCGGACCCAAGCACCUGAACAUGAAGCUGACACGCUCGCAGUUCGAGGGCAUCGUGGCGGAUCUCAUUCGCCGCACGGUUGCGCCCUGCCAGAAAGCCAUGCAGGACGCCGAGGUCAGCAAGAGCGACGUUGGCGAGGUGCUGCUGGUGGGCGGCAUGACGCGCAUGCCCAAGGUGCAGCAGACCGUCCAGGACCUGUUUGGCCGCGCCCCGAGCAAGUCCGUGAACCCCGACGAGGCGGUGGCCAUUGGUGCUGCCAUCCAGGGCGGGGUUCUGGCUGGCGAUGUCACAGACGUGCUUCUCCUAGACGUCACCCCCCUCUCCCUUGGGAUCGAGACCUUGGGUGGAGUCUUUACCAAGCUCAUCAACCGCAACACCACCAUCCCAACGAAGAAGGGCCAGGUGUUCUCCACAGCAGCUGAUGGACAGACCCAGGUGGAGAUCAAGGUUUGCCAGGGAGAGCGAGAGAUGGCUGCAGACAACAAGACCCUGGGCCAGUUCACCCUGGUGGGAAUUCCUCCAGCUCCUCGAGGAGUGCCCCAGAUUGAGGUGACGUUCGACAUUGACGCAAACGGCAUUGUCCACGUAUCCGCCAAGGACAAGGGCACUGGCCGUGAGCAGCAGAUCGUUAUCCAGUCCUCUGGUGGCCUCAGCAAGGAUGAUAUUGAGAACAUGAUCAAGAAUGCGGAGAGGUAUGCUGAAGAAGACCGUAGGAGGAAGGACCGUGUGGAAUCCGUGAAUAUGGCAGAGAGCAUCAUCCAUGAUACGGAGUCCAAGAUGGAGGAGUUCAAAGAUCAGCUCCCUGCUGAUGAGUGCGACAAGCUGAAGGAGGAGAUCACCAAGGUGAGGGACCUCCUCUCUAGGAAGGACACAGAGACCGGAGAGAGCAUCAAGCAAGCAGCCACAAACCUCCAACAGGCUUCUCUCAAACUGUUUGAGAUGGCAUACAAGAAGAUGGCCUCGGAGAGGGAAAGCAGUAGCGGCAGCAGCUCGGGAGCUGGUGGAGAAGAGAAGAAGGAAGGACAGCAAUAGAGCCUUUGCAAUUGUAGUUGUCAUGGAGACAGUGGGACUGGAGGGCUUGGGGUUAUGGACUGGAUGUUGUCCUGAGCGCCUGUUGCAUUCACGCCAUUUUCACAUACUGUGUUUUGUUCAGUAAGCUCUAAGGUAUAAUGAAUGCCAUUAUCUGUGCUCCCCUUAUGUUUAAUUUAAUUCCCAAAAAUGUAUCUUGUCUUUUUUUUUUGCUUGCCCCUCUGUCUUUGUGAUGUAGUAAAAUGCUGUUGCUGUUGUCUGGUUCCCUGCCAUUGUGGCCAGAGUCAGCAUGUACAGUCCUGUCCCAGGCUGUACCCUUCACUGACUGGGGUGGGGAAUGCUAUUCAGCUUUCUGUUCCCCUUUCCUUACACUUUUCUUCAAGUGUGAAAAUGGAAGCUUGUCUCAAUCUGACCUGCACUCUUUGGCCUCCAGGUUUGGGUUGUUAUUGAGUUGUGAAAGAGACAUGCACUUAGUGUACUUUUUAAAGGGGGUCUUUGAGAUCACAUCUAGCUCUUAAUCAGCCAGUCACAUUAUGGGAUAAAUUGCCCUCCCGGUGCAUUUAAUUUCGUUCUCUUUACAAAGACACCAUAAUGAGUUGCACCAGUCAGUGAAUCGUGCCUCUGGGCCAGCGGUCUGUCCUACAAAACGUCAUUUUCAUUUUACCCUGGAAAUCUUUACGCAAACCCAGUACAGCAAGGGAAGGUGUUAAAGUUUCUGCUUACAUGGGGCAAAAUAAAUAGGCAAUGAAGCCUCAGCAAUCUGGUGUUGUGUAAUAAGUUCCACAGAAAAGGGGUAGUUUUUCUGGUUUUUUAAAACAUACAAUUUUGCUUUAAUUAUUAAACCCGGUAACGUUGUACCGGUAUUCUUGUGAGGUAAUAAUAUAAUUAUAAUGGCUAAUGGUUUAAACUGAGGAUUUGGGUGUAUGUUUCUGAAAAGUAUGGACACACUUAAAUGCUUCCAUCAUAGACUUUUAUAAUAAAAUUUAAAGCUUA